AUGAACUUGUAUCAGCUUUUAGGGGUGUCCCAGGACGCCUCCGACGUGGAGAUCCGCAAGGUGUUCCGCAAGCUCCUGUUGAAAUACCACCCGGAUAAGACCGACAAGAAAGAAGACCACGACCACUUCAUUCGCAUCAAAGAGGCCUACGAGACGCUUGCCAGCCCUGACAAACGUCGUCUGUAUGACUCUAAGCUCAAACCCCUGCGUGCCCAAACGACGUAUCUGACGUAUACUCUGGGAGCUGGCCCGCAAACCUCGUUCUAUCAAAACAACUUCACUCGUCCAGGAUACAACAAUGGCAACCUGGCCUCGCAUCCCUUUGGCAUGUACAACGCUGGCUUUUACAGCAAUUACUAUCGACGGCAAGAACCUACCUACGAAAGAGCCUAUGAAGAACGAUUACGCAAUGAGGAACGCAUUCGCCAGAGAAUGCAAGAGCAAGAACGUGCCAACGAAGCUCGUCGUCGUCAACGCAUGGAGGAAGAGCGCCGGAAAGCAAAGCAAAGAGCCGCCCAGAACCUGUACCUGAGUGAUGACGAAGAUGAUGGGUUUGGCUAUGAUGACGUUAAUCAACGUUCGCCGUCUGCCGAAGCCCCAGAUGCUUUCUCUGAAUACUGGAAACACCACGGUUCCAACUCUCUGGACCCGAUAGUGGUCGAGUCCGAGGCGGGCAGCAACAGCAGCCUGAGUCAACGGUCGCUGCCGGCAGUCGACGACGAAGAGGAGCCCGAGGUGGCUGGUUUCACUGCCGAAGUCGAGAUUGAUGAUGAAGACGAAGAGGUUGUAGAAAAUGCUGAACAGGGGGAAGAAGAGGAGCAAGAAGAUGAUUUUUCUGACGAUGACGCGAGAGAUAGCGAUUUCGAAGUGGAGGAGAUUCCUUCCCCCAAAAUACCCAAAGUUUUUGCUCAGCUGCUGCUGCUGCUGGCACUGCUGUCGCUGGGUCCCGUUCUGGACCAGUUUGACAAGCCAAGCGAACCGUCCACCACUCCCGAAAAUGAGGAAACCCUGACUAAAACCCCUAAGAAGUCUGGCAAAGCUCCUGUUGAUGCCGAACGUCUGGUCAAACGCCGAAAGACGGAAAAGGCUUCUACCUCAUUCAACUAUAGUGAGCUCGCCUCGCAGUUGAACCACGCCGACGGUGACGAUAACGUGAAUCUUAAUCUGCUUCGUGAUCAAAUUGACGAAGUCGAUCAUGAGCGUCGCCUGGCAAGUCCUACCCGAGAUAGAACGCCUCCUCGCCGGCGCGGUCGUCCGACAAAGAAAUUUCGCCCCGAGUACAAUGAUGGUAGCCCAGGGGAGACUUUACAUACCCCUGUAAACCAACCCAAGGGAAAGCCUGGUGUCCGUGUAUUGACCGCGGAAUUAUUGGGGGCCGAGAAGCGCUCCAAAUUCCCUUAUCUCAAAGCUCCCGAACCGCCGCAAGAUCCGUGCAACUUGACUGAAGCUGAAUGGCAGGCGUACGCCUCCAGUGUCGAGAAGUACUUGCAAGCAUUCCAGAGAUUCCGCAAACAGGUGAAUCAAUAUGAGGCGCGCCGGGUGUGCCUCGAUGAGGCUCACCGUCUGGAUAUCAGUGCCCUGGUGGCAAACUUCCAAGCGUAUCAGGCUGCGUUGUCUCGUGAUGAAAUCAUCCAGCAGAAGCUUCGUGACGAAACCAAUGCGCUUAACCAGUGUUUGGGUACCUUCCACCGAGACUGGUGGUGGCGUCAACACCCUAACCGUUGA